GCAAAAAACACUGCAUAAAACAUGUCAUUCGAAUAAUCAGCGCGCAAUAUUAGUGUGCGCUUCAACCGAGGCAGCCAGUAAUUUCUGCCAUGCAUAUGCCAAGGUCUUAUUGAGAAGAAAGAGCUAGGGCGUAGUUGGUGAAAUGAGUCUGCAAGACGGAAAACGAUGUACGUGGCCGGAAGACGUUGGUAUAUUGGCGAUUGAAGUGUAUUUCCCGUCGACGUACGUAGACCAGGCAAAACUCGAGGAAUACGAUGGCGUCAGCAAAGGCAAGUACACCGUCGGCCUUGGGCAGGCCGGAAUGGGAUUCUGCGGCGAUCGCGAAGACACGAAUUCGCUCAGUUUAACCGUCGUGCAGAACCUGCUGGAGAAGAACUCCGUUGAUGCGAAUCAAAUUGGCAGGCUCGAAGUGGGCACUGAAUCCAUAUUGGAUAAAUCGAAGUCAGUGAAGACCGUGCUCAUGCAAUUGUUCGAACGAUGUCGAAAUUUCAAUAUCGAGGGAGUCGAUACAAUCAAUGCGUGUUAUGGGAGCACUCAAGCGCUCUUCAAUGCCCUAGACUGGGUGGAAAGCAGUGCCUGGGACGGUCGUCUUGCGGUUAUCGUCUGUGCCGAUAUUGCAGUAUAUGCCGCAGGCAACGCUCGGCCGUCCGGUGGAGCGGGGGCUGUUGCGAUGCUGGUCGGACCAAACGCACCAUUGGUUGUUGAGAGAGGAUUGCGUUCCGUCUUUAUGUCUCAUGCGUAUGAUUUCUACAAGCCAAAUUUAAGUUCUCAAUACCCAGUUGUGGAUGGCAAACUGUCCAUCAACUGCUACCUGAGGGCUGUCGAGAAGUGUUACCGUGGUUAUCUGACGAAAGCAGGACAUGCGCAGUCUAAACGCAUAAACGGAUGUGAUGGCGAACCGUUGACAACGGAUGGAGCAUACCCAAGAUCAAUGGACGAUAUCGACUACAUGGUAUUUCAUAGUCCCGUUUGUAAAUUAACCCAGAAGUCAUUGGCGCGCUUGAUUUUCCUCGAUUUCUUGAGAGAACAGGCUGGUGCGAGUCAGUUAGAUAAAAAGUACGAGGGUCUCAAGGAAUUUAGUGACGUUACUCUUGAUGAGUUAUACGAAGACGGAGCAAGAUCGAAGUUGAUAGAAAAAGCUUCGAUGAGUUUCAGUCUCAGGGAGUUCGAAAAGAAGACGAAACCUAGUUUGCUUUUCGCCACCAAUGUUGGUAAUGCUUACACGGCCUCCGUGUACGCUGGACUAGCCUCUCUUUUAGCAAGUAUUUCCUCGGACGAACUGCUCGGUAGACGUAUCGGCAUGUUUUGUUACGGCUCCGGGUACGCUUCUGCCUUUUACUCCAUCAGAGUUUCCGCCUCAGAUUCAAACAUCACGAUCCUGUCCCGAAUGAUCGCGAACGUGUCCGAUAUGAAAUCGAAGCUCGACGCCAGAAAAUGCGUCGAACCUGCAGAGUUCGAGAAAACCUUGGAGAUGAAGGAAAAGACGCAAAACCUGAAGGAAUUUUAUCCCUCCGGUUCAGUGGAAAACUUUUGGAAUGGAACGUAUUUCUUGCAGCACGUCGAUGAGAAAUAUCGCAGGUCAUAUGGACGAAAAAUGAAAAAUAGUAUUGUCUAUAUUUAAUGGAAAUUAAUAUAUGGAUUCUUACAGAAAUAAAAUGCAACAUCAU